GAUUUCUUGUUCUGUGCGUGAGCGGCAGUUGCCCUGAAGAUUUCACAACGGCAUCUCCGUAUUUCUGAAGAUUUGAUGAACUUGAGCGGGACCAAGUUGACUUUGACUUGCCAACCUGGUCAACUAAAGAAUCCCCUGGCCACGAGUCUGUUGAUAGUGGAACUGGUGGCAGUGUGAUUGGUGACGCCAGUCCCCGACAGGAAGAUUUGGAACUCAACUACGACCCUAACCUGAACGAUGAUGCAUUCAGCAGCAUCUUAGAAGAGCUGGAGUCAGUGGAUCUUACGGUAAUGCAGAAACCCAACACGCGUUCAUCCAGGCGGGAUGUCCCUAGGCCCAUGACACCCAUCCUUCCGCAGGUAAAGGAUCGGGAUGCCUUUGUGACAAACGUGCUGGAUAUUGUACUAGAUGUAGCAGAUCUUACUAGUCUGCGUCGUGAUGCUAGUCGAAAUGGGAGCAGUGUUGAUAGUCUGAGUGGCACUGACCAGUCAGACUUAGACAGUGAUACUGCUGACAAAAUCAGUGUUCGAAGUUCGGGAGGAAAGUCUGUUUCAUUCGUGGAUAAGAAUAAGAUUAGUGUUCGUACGCCAGUGGGGACCGCUCGCAAGAUUCAAACUGUUGACAUCGGUCAGUUAUCAUCAUCAAAAAAGGUUCAGAUGGCACUGACGGCACCAAGGAGGGUUGAUGUCCCAAACCCAAACAAGCACUUGAGAGACUUCAUGAUGGAGAUGUCAGAGGAGGCAACAGAGAGUGUUCAGAAAAUCGAAGUAUCAGACAUUAAGGCCAGAAAUCGACAAGCCAUCAACGCCCGUAUCCAGAGGAAGAAAAAGAAGGAGUUUGUUGCUACACUUGAGAAGGAAAAUGAACAAUUGAAAAAGGAGAACGCUGAGAUCAGGGAAAGGUUUUCUGUUUGGGAUGCAGAGAAAUCUGCUUAUGAGGACGAGAUUGCGUAUCUAAAGUCGGUGUUAGCGAAUCAGAGCGCUCUGUCAUCGCUCAUAAAAAACAUUGAGGGUGUUGAAACUGUUAAUCUGUCAACGUCAUUCUCGCGCAAACGCCAAGCCGCCGUGGACCAUGACUACUCAGGCAAACCAGCAAAGAAGGCCAAGAGCAUUGCGCCUAAAUAUUCUGCUGGCGUUUGUCUGCAUGUUGCCGACAAAAACAAAGUUUCUCUCGAGUUCUGUUCAAAGUGUGCAAAGGAUGCGUUGUGAGCUGACACAAUGAGAAUCCCAGGCGGCGUUGUAAGCUGACAAGAUUAGAAUCCCAUGCGGCAGUUGGGACACUAAUUACUUGGAUGUGCUACUAAGACAAACAUUCCGAUACCUUGCUUGGUUGUGAGGUUGUGAAAAGUGUUGCAUUGGUCUUGUAGAUCAUUCAGGAUCGUUAAAGUGAUAGGUCUUUGAAUUGUAAAUGAUAUAAAUUGGACAUCAGAGAUUGAGUAAAAAUAGAAAAGCAAAAGAACAUGAAAAUUUUAUCAGAUAAAAGCAUUUCACAUGUUCUAAAGUCUGGUGGUAAGAGGACAAGUCCUUAGAUGUGAUGAUUGAAUUUCAUUUGGAGAACUGUCUGUAAAAACUGUGUGUGAAUCUUUUUAUUAUUCUUCAAAGAAAAUUACCACCAGGUUUUAAAAAAUGUUGAAGUAGAGUGCUGCUUGAGUUUGACCUUGUUACAGGUGACAUACUUGUACAUAGCGAUUACAAAAGAAUAGUUUUGGUAAUUAAAAGAAUUUUGUUAAAAAUUGUUGUACUUCUUUCAUUUCUAAGACCCAACUAAUCUUGUAAGUUUUAUCCUUCAGAUCACCUCAUGGCGCUCGUCUUGGCCCUGCACCUUACGCCGACAGCCCGACCAGCUUGUACUCAUUUAUUCCAGGCACUCUUCUGGACUUGUCGAUGGAUGACGGUUCUACAUUGCAAGAGCACUCAAUGUGCGGGAGACAUCUUGGGGAAUGGACUUAGGUUUGGGGAAAUGCUAUUGGGUAUAGUAUUUUCAAAGCGACAACAAGCUACCAAUGAAUUGAAUUCAGUUAGCAAAUUGAGGAAUUUGCUACGGGUAGGGGAGAAGGUUAUUUUGACAAUGAAUCUCAUCAGAUGAACAUGCUGUUUCCUCCCGAGGACUUGCUAUUAUCAACAAAAAGUCCUCCUAGGGAAUAUUUUUGACCAGAGACUAUGCCAGGCAUUGACGGAAGUGUUUUUGCUCCCUCUGGCGAAGUCUUGAGAAUUGUCCAAAAUGCCAUUGCUCAUUUCUCGCCUCCCCUCGUCCUACAUUGUCCUAGAGGCCUUCAUCUUGAAUUCACUGCUUGUCUGACGGACAUAAGGGAUACAUGUUUUCGUGUCUACUUGUACCGGUAAAAAUUACCAUCGUCUCUGUCGAGCUGAGUUGACCAUUUGCUAAUCAUUUCCAAUCUCAUCUGAAUGGUCUUAAGUAAAGUAUAAUUGUACGUCAUACUAAAUUAUUUCAUAUUCAAACUUCAAAAAUGGCCUUUACCCGCCUGAUAAAACACUGAAUAAUGGAUGGAGACCUUGAAGCCAUACUUGCCCUCGCCCCAUCCCAUUAAAAAAACCUUACUAAUCAAAAGCACAGCCUUUGCUGUCAGAUCUCUAGAUUGUGUUGCAGGUUGUUUGGUAAACUUCUUAAACUUGAGAGGACAGAUGGAGCUGGCACAAAUUUGACUGUGAGACGAGAGCGAUUCGAACUAUCAAUGGAACUCUUGGUCCUCUGAUGCUGUCGGAGAUUUGAGACGAUUAUUGCACAAUGCCAUGAAGCUGAUCGGAUGGAUUUGUGCUGUUCGAACAUAUUACUGUGUCGUUUUGGAUACUGAUCCCAAGACGUCCUGGGAUGCAGUGCUGCAUCUGAAGAUCACCGAUCCCUGAAGAUGGUUACGUAGUGAUUGAUACUUACCAAUCAAGAUCAACUCUGGUAUGACCUUUUGCGAUUGUGAUUCCAAUGACAACACAUGAAUAUGAAACUCUUGUGUAAGUAAGAUGGUCAAGACAACUAUGGGUUAUAUAGAUCAUUGAAAAACUAGCAUCAGCAUCGGAAAUGCUUGAUUGUCCAGCUUCUUUGAAUGUGGGCUUGUCAUUAGUGUCACAAUCUCAAUAUUGGUCAAAUACCAUGAUCCUAUAUUCUUUGAACUGUGCCAAGAACUUUCCAAGAGAUGAUGGAUGAAGCCGGUGUGAAUUGGAAUGGAUCCACAGACAACACCAUUACAACUACAGUUCAGAUUAUCAUAUUGUCGAAUAUUGCUGAUUGGGGGAAAUAAAACUCAUAAAAUUUA